AGGCAGGUGUGCUGAGUGACUGGUCCGCUCGUGUGGUCGAUGUGUCUGUGAGGGACGCAGUGCCCGCCCUCACCACGCACACAGAUCAACAUACAAAGAUGCGUUUUUGACGAACUCUCCUCAUUUUACAUGCUCUUAUCGUAGCGCACGUGCAAGAAUCCAUUCGUUGUACAGCACCGGUGUGGGCGACGUUGGUACGGAGGAACCUGUAUCAAAUGCAAACAUCCCUGGAUGUCUGGAAGACAAAGAGUUGCAACUUGUGAUGCAAGCUGUGGAAGUAGAUGUAGAACAGAGAAGAAUUUGUGUUGCACGAGCGCCACAAGCUGCCCAUAAUUGCUUGCUUCGCAAUCCGGCAGUUACUCAUGCGGGACAGGCAUCAAGAGGCGCUCUUAAAACCUGUAAUGCUUUUGCUUGCAUCAGACAAGAUUUGGGUGGUGCUGGUGCAUGACAAACAAGGGCAUCGUUCCAGACCCAGGCAUAUGAUUUGCAAUGCAUAACGUGGCGCCACGCACGGAAAGUCCAAUGCUCGGCCAUAUCGGUACGAACACCACGCUCGGCCAGGGCCAACAGGUUUUUUUGAGCAGCGCUUAUGCAGGAACUCCGGCGGCACCGACCUGUAGUUCUUCCGACGGCGUGGCUCGUUUCCCAGCGCGCCGACAUGUUCAAGUUGAUUUUCUUUCGGCAGUGUGGUUCAUUUCCCACGGUACGACCAACGUAAUCACACCCCGCCCACUUUCGCCGAGCGCGGCUGCCGCGCGACCUGAAAUGCCGCUACCUGGUGUACCUAUGCAAGCAUACGAAAGGGGAAAUGCUAUUGCGUUUUCGCAUUCUCGAAAGGCCUUGCCAUUGUACAAUAGGAUGAAGAGGUCGCGUCACCUAGUGCGUGCAUCUAUCUGUAAAGAUGAGAAUGAGAAAUCUAAAUCCUGGGCUCGUCGCAAUAGAAAACUGUUUCAUGCAAAAGGACGUCGUUGUCGUGCAUGUUCUUGUUUGUAAAAAAACGUUUGCAGCGAAUUGAAAAAUGUACAUGGAAGCAGGGAGAAAGUGUUUCCUUCCAUACGUUUUGGAGUUUCCGACUUCGUGAAGAACCGCAAGUCCGAUAUUAAUGCACGACACGUAUCAAACAAAAAAAGGUCGUCACGAUUUCUCGUACGCAUUUUUGCAAUACAAAAUUUUCUGUCAUGCGUGAAAAUGCACCACAGCCAAACUUUGCAAGGGAUUUCCCUGGUGUUUCCGCAAUACAAGGAAAAGUUGCGAUGCUGAAAAAAUUUGUAAUGCAAAACCUGCAGGAAACUGACUGCGACAAACUUUUUUCUCUCCAUAGCACGCCUUUGCGCCACCGCCUGCUCCUUCGUUGACUUCGAUCGUUGUGGCGGACGGGCGCUGGGAACAACGCGAAGCCGAUUUAUGCGUUAUGGUUUGUCCAGUAACUCACUGUUGCUGUAAAAAAAUCAGUGGAGUUUUUGUCUCCCGUACUCUAGGACGUGUUUCUGAUUGAUUCUGAUGUAGGAUUUUCUGUAGUUUUUCUUGGAUCCGCAGAAAUGAAUUAACGCUGUUUCUUGUUUCCACAUUCCCACAAGCCCGCUGGUACGGCUUCGGUUAGCCAGGAAUGCGAAUCCGCCUGAGUAAGUAACAACAUGCAUAAUUGUCUUCCACAUCCACCUUGUGUGAAGCGGGGCAAGCACUUGCGAUAGAACCAACGAAGCGCGCCCGACAAGAUCUUCAUUUCCUGAAUCGAUUUUCUCGUAUUUCUAUUGUCUUCGGGACCAUCAAACUACUGUCCGGCGGGGUAUUAACGGUAAAGGUAAAGACAGCUGCAAUUCGCCGCGUUACACUUGUUUCCGACUAUUUUGGGCUUCUAGAAGUGGUGCAUUCUUUGGACUACUAAUUACGGUCCUCGCGGCCUUCUAGAGGAUUUUACACAGCACCUUGUUAUCAUCUGUCGCUUGGGUUUAGUUUCCCACGUAGGCAACGCUGGUUGUAGUGACUUUGAGAGAGCCGGCCCGAAAGUAGAAAAGUGCCUGCGGCCAGAGACAUUCAUGGGGCCCGAUGUUGAGAAAGCGACCAAUGGCUU